AUGAAAUUCGUUUUCCUCUUCUUUUUCAUUGGUCUUCUCUUUGUUGAGGCUCAAGUAGAAACCACAGAGGGAACUUCUACGACUACGUCUCACGAAACAACACAAGGUAUAGCUGGUUACUGGCCGCCGCGCCUCGUCCAGCGUCGUAGUUCUCCGUGUUGCCCUGAGAGUUGUAAGAACAAUUGUAACGAUUCGGGAUGUAAAUAUUGGUGCAAAAAAAAACGAUCACUUGGUUGGCUCCAACUCGAAAACGAUCACUUUGUUGGCUCCGUUGCGGAAAAUGAACUCAAGCCU